CAUCUUUGCGACGUCUAUGAGAUAAACACUUACCUUGGUAUUUUGUUGCUGCUCUGUAGCUGGAAAUCUAAAUUGUGCCAUCGACAUUUGUUUGUUGUACAAGUCACAAGAACUAGCGAAUACUCAGCUGCAGCUAGUUUUGCUAACAGUGACAGGCGUCGUUCUCCUGGUUGUUCAGCCGAGGGGGCAUUUCAUCUGUCGUUUUCCUGUCGUUAGUAUCGAGGAUAUUACAUAAUGUGGCGAUAAGCUGUUGAUGUAACUUAACACCUGUUUUUAAAAAUACGCCUUUGUCGCUUGCGCCUGUUACAAACUUCAAGCUAGCAGUGUUAAUACCUUACUAUGGGAAUCAGCAGGAUCUACAUUAGCAUAGGUUAUGCUACCUUUGGUACCCUGGUUGGACUUUCGGCUUUCUUGGUCUGGAAUAUCGCCUAUAAACAGCCAUGGACGGCGGCCAUGGGAGGCCUGUCAGGAGUACUGGCGCUCUGGUCUCUCGUCACACACAUCAUGUACCUGCAGGAUUACUGGCGCACCUGGCUCAAAGGGCUCAGGUUCUUCAUAGCUGUCGGUGUGCUGUUCUCAGUUUUGGCAGUGGCCGCCUUCAUCACCUUCCUCACUAUCGCCAUCACACAGAAGCAAUCUCCUACUGACCCGAGGAGCCUCUACCUCUCCUGUGUGUGGAGCUUCCUGACUCUCAAAUGGUCCUUCCUCUUGGCCUUGUACUCAUACAGAUACCGCCAGGAGUUCGCAGAUAUCAGCAUCCUCAGCGAUUUCUAGUCAGUACUCAUUUUAUAGACUGUGACGGACUUUGAGGGGUUUUAGGCUGCCAGCAGGAGCUGGUCAAAGAGCUUUUGUAACAAAGAGGAGGAAACCCAGACAUGGCUAGAUUAAAAAGUCAUCUGACUUUUACCACAUGAAGUUGCACUUGUUGCGCUUGCUUAACAAGUCCUGUAUUUGUAUUGUAACACCUUCUCCUACUUUCAAUGACUUACUUAUUAUAUUCCUGUUGUAGUCGUAAGUCUAAAGCUCUGAAAACUGGAACUGCUUUUGGGUGAAUUGCUUGAGGCUAUUUAUGAAGAGACACACCAGUGGAUGUUUAAAAAUACUAAUAUGGAAGAGGAAAAUCCCCACAAUAACAGGUUUUAAUCCAAUCAUUAGUUGUUCAAAUGAAAAUGAAGCUUAAGUCCUCAGAACCAAAACUAAAACCACCUACCUGAAACCACUCUGAUGAUACUAGGCUGACAGUGUUAUGUUGGAGUGCUUGAUUGAUUUUACCCAAAUGAGUUUUUUCAUAGCUGCAGUUCUGAACUACAGAAUAGUAAAAUCUGCCACUGUCUUAGUGUUUGCAGAGCAGAGUUAGUCUUUUAGCUCCAUUCAUUAUCAGUGAAGCAAUUUGAGAAAGUGAUUUUUUUUUUUUUUUUUUUUUUAAUUCAACCACUGAUUUCAAUAGUUGCAUUCUAUUUUUAAAGCUACUAGUGAUGUACGAUCCCAACAAGGAAAAUGUUCUUUAUUUAACAGGUCAGACUCUGCUUUUCCUUUCAUUGGAACUGAACGGUGGAGUUGUGUAUCAUGCCCCAAAGAAAAGGCAUUCCUGUGGAAUUUGUGCUUUUCAUCUUUCGUUCCACCAGGGGGAGACUCGCUUUUUCUGUCUACAGUCCACACACAUUCCUCUUUUAGAGAGAAACACACAUAGAUUUGAUAAAUAAUUGCACUUUAGUCUUUGAUAUUGAUGCCAUUGUUUUGCACACAAAUCCUGUUACAAUGGGGAAAAAAGAAAAUCGUGUUUUACAUGCUGUCAUUCAUGUCUUACCCUUUGUAAUGUUGAAAUACACUAUUUAUAUGCAUCGUUUAUGUUGGUUAGUUUGAUUUGUGUAAAUCAAGUUAAACUGGGCUUUGUACGUGGUUUAGUUGCAGCUUUAGCUCAUGUCUAUCUUUUACCAUACAACAUGUCAAAUUGUAUUAUUUUUUUUUUGUUGAUGAGAGAAUGAAUGUAAGAAUGCUACAUGUAUAUAGAAACUGAAUUAAACCAUUAAAG